CCCAAAACAACCACUACCAAAUGAUUCCUUAUUCCAUGUGAGCUUCAACUCAACUCGAACGCAAUCUUUCUUUUCAUGCAAAAAUUAGCUACACUUUUUUCAGCACUUCCAGUUUCAGAAGGUGUAUUUGUUUGUGGGGUGUGGAGUGGAAGGCUCUACGAGGGCGGGCUAGCAUAGAAACAUGGCCGAGAGAGACGAUGAAGAGAAGAAAAAUAUUGUGGACACUACUAAUAUUGUGGACACUACUGCUCAAGAAGGUGAGGAGGCUGAGAAUUUGCCGAUAGAAGCGCCAAUAGAUGUCGAUAUGUGUGUUGAAAACCAAAGGCCCUCACAGCAAAAGGAGGAGGAGAUCAUCAAGAAGAAGUAUGGUGGCUUGCCAGCGAAGAAGCCCCCUUUGAUCUCUAAGGAUCAUGAACGCGCUUUCUUUGACUCCGCGGAUUGGGCUUUGGGCAAAAAGAGUAAAGGACCAAUCGAGGCUCUUCGACCUAAACUGCAGGCCGUCGCCUCACCACCAAGCGCGUGCAAGGUCACCCUGUGCCCCUGCAGACGACGCUGAAGGUGACAGCAUCGAUCAACAAGACGAUGGUGAUGUGAACAGCGGCAUUUCUUUAGAGGCAGGUGAGAAUGUGCAGGGAUGAGAUCUUCGAGUUCAAGAUACCGAUGUUUUUAAGCUUCCAACAGAGAUGGUGUUUGCAUUUUGUGGUGUUUGAAGACGAAUUUGUGACAAAUAAGUGAUGGAAAGAACAGAGGAAUGUGGUUGUGAAAAUAUGAGGAAUUUGGACAAUGCAUUGAGAUAAGAGCAUCUCCAAUAAAAAUAGCUCAGCCAUAGCAUAGCCACAAA